GUGGACGGCGUGACCGCAUGGUGCCUGACAUCUGUCAACGCGUUUUGUGUUGAGCACAUGUGAGCACAGCGAGCAGAAUGUGAGCACAACGUGGAUAUUGUCUGCGCCUAACAGGUUUCUUCAGAAGAUGCCCUCCGGUUGCUACUACGGUAGCUACUGCUGUGUCGCAUGGUGCGAAAACAAUGGUAAAACGCACAAGAAACCCGGCACAAAAUUUUUCCGAAUCCCACGUGACGCAAGGUCAAAGGCUUGGCUCGACUAUGCCAAGCCUUUGACCUACGAUCUUUUUGGAAAGUCUGCUUCGCAACUCUAUGCCACCUAUCGCGUCUGCAGUGAUCACUUCACUGCAAAAGAUUUUAUGGACCCAGGACAAACAACCCUAGUGAGAUCAGCUGUGCCUAUUGUUCGUCCUUCCAUAAACUGGGCAUCUGCAAUAGGUCCCACUCAGGCAACCAGCUCGUCUGGCCCUUCACUCCAGUGCAGCUCCGUCGCAGCGAGCCGUGCUGUGCUCGACCAGGCAGAGCCCGAC